ACAAACAUCUCGCAAUACAGUGGAACACAAUACACACCACAAAGGAUCUCUCUGAGGACACAGAGGAGGAUGUCAGUCAUCUGGUUUGAAAUAAAUUGGGUGUUACCAGACCAAAAGGAGCAAAUUAGCAAGUUGGUUUGGUGAAGUCACAGUUUUAUGCAACUGACAGAAAAUAAACACAACAGUUGUGUCUUUCUUUGCAGCAGAAAUAUGACUUGUCAUAGCAGAAAAGCUAAAGGUGUAUCUGAUGACUUUAGUUAGAAAUUAAGUAAGAUUAUUUAAAAAAAAACUAAAACUAAACUACAAAAACAUUUACACUGAAAUCCCACUACGAGGAGUUUACUCAAAUAUUUUUUGUCAUUUUGUCCUUUUUUGUGGUCAUGUUGUGUCUUUUUGUGGUUGUUUUGUGUGUAUUUGUGCUCAUUUUGUUCCUUUUUUGUUAAUUUUCAGACUGUUUUGUGGUAAUUUUGGAGGCUUGUGUCUAGCUAACUGCAUUCAUUUGGUUUUGUUUCCUGUGUCAGUUUUGUUGUUUUGUGUCUCGGUUUGUGUCAUUUUCUGUCUUGUUUUUGUCAUUUUGUGUCUCGUUUUUGCCGUUUUGUGUCCUGUCAGAUUGCUGCUGUCUCCUCUCUCUGCCAGCAGAUGGCCCUACAGGGGAGCCGGUGGAAAUGAUGCUGGUCUGACAGAUUUCACUCAUCCUUUAACGUCCCGCCCAGCUCACCACACACUGACUCAGAGAACAGAGGAAAUGAUCUGAGCAAAACCCCUCUUUGACACAUCAGAGCUGCUCCUGCUGCGAAUAGGCUUCCUGUUUACUCUGUGUACAUAUUCAAAUCACUUCAUUCAGCUUCUGCAGAGUGAUUUGAGAGAAAGAGAAGCGCUACAACAUGGGAGCAUCUUCCUCUGGCCUGUUGGAUCAGGCCAAAAUCAGCCACGUCAAAGGACUCGUCGACAGCACAUUCCAGAUCUUCAGUGAGUUUUACCGUCAGCAGUAUUCUGUUGCCUAUUUUGAACAUUUACACCAGGAGGUGGAGCCUAAGAAAGAGGGGCGGGGCCUGUUGCUCACACACAGGCCUCAGUAUCCUCCAGAAGAAGUGUUGUAUCAAGGAAAUGUGAAGUUGUCCUGCUGGGACGAGCAGGGAAAGAAAUUCAGAGAGCGAUACGUCAUCCUGAGGAGAGGCUACAAAGUGGAGAUUCAUGACAACUUGGAGACGUUCAAUCGUGGAGGUGCAGCAAAGUUGGUCCUCCAGCCAGCAGGGGGCGAAGUGUUCACCUCAGAGGAGGAGUCCAGAGCUCACCUGGACAAAACCUGUGCUGCAAUACUCAAUGGAGUGAAGGAGGAUUCUUCUUCGGUGAUGUCAUCUCCAGAUGUGUUUGCUGUGUAUCUGCACCUGCCCUACAUGGGCCACACCUGCUUCCUGUUUCAACAAGCGGAGGAACGACAUCACUUCCUGUCUGGCCUCAAGACCUGUAUCAGACACUGUGGCCUCGACCCCUGGUGUGAUUCCUCCCAUGAGAAGCAGGCGUUCAGCCGAGCGCUCCGACUCUACCGGCUGGACAAAGGCUGCUAUGAAUCCUGGGAGAUGCUGCUGGGCACCGAGGAACAAGUGUUGGCCUCCCAGGUGAUGGAGGAACUGUUGCCGUGGUUACACAGUCAGCUUCAGUCCAGGGUGAAGGGCAAGAAGACUGAACGGAUACGACUGUGGCUGGCGAUGGUGCAGGCGACCUACUCUCUGGUUCUGGAGCAGCUGGCUGCAACUCUGGAGGUUCUGAGGGAAGAAUGUCGCCAAACAGCAUCGGCCAAUCAGGCGCUGAUCAGAGCCAACCUGGACGAGAUCAUGUCCUCCCACUGCUUCCUGGAGCAGAAAAUCACAGCGUGUAUCUGUGAAGAAGUGGUGAAGGUGUGCAGCGAGUCUGUAGCUCCGUACAUGUCGUCCAUCCUCGAAGCGCUGACAGAAAACAUCAGCUCAGGGAUCAUUGGGAUGCAGCAGAUUCUGCACACAGAGAUGGAUUCAGCGUUUUCCCGCACAAAGGAAGGAAAGGAGGACACGAAGAAGGCUUUGUCCAGCCUGAGCUCCAUCAGUCUGGAUCAGAGCUUCAGGCAGGUGGAGAACCUGACAGAGAAGUAUGAAGCCUUGAAGCAGCGGUUUGAACUGGGCAGCGCUCAGAGACUGAUUCACUCGGCACAUCUGGAGAUGGAGCAGCUGCUGGACAGUGCCGUCUACACCUUAGAGCAGUUCCUUCAGUCCUCCUCCAGACUGCAGCCUUCACAGGUUCCUGGCAGGUUGGAGAGAGCCAAAGAAAGAGUCCUGAAGCAGCUGAACUACGACAGCAGAGUUGUCCAGAGGAGACUCUAUGAAGAAACCCUGCUGCAGAUCACGCUGCCCUCUCUCACCAGGAGGAUGGACGCCAACUGGAAAAGUGAGCUGCAGCAGUUCGAGAAGCACAUCUUCUCCGACUACAGCAGCUUCAUCCUGGUUCGUAACGUCUACGAUGACGUCCUGAGAAACACGCUGAGUAAAGAGAUAGAGACGGUGGUCCAGGACGCUGCCAGUAAGAAGACCAACAACCUCCUCCUGGACACUUCAGACCUGGCCAUCAGUCAGUACAGUCUGCUGGGACAGACGCCUCCUCGCUCUGCACCUGGGAGUCCAGCCAAUCAGGCUCGACGCUCCUCAGCGGCGCCCGGAGAUGACCAAGAACCCGCUGCUGUGGUGGAAGAUAGUAGUCAGACCAAACCUGAUGCUGAAACCAAAUCUGAACCCAGAACCAGUCAAAGCUCUGAGCAGAUUGUGUCUCCUUUGAUUGUUGUGACACAACAGUUUGAUGAAGAAGCUCCACAGAUCAAGGAAGAAGAAGAAGUCCAGAUUGGAGCUGAUGCAACACAAACAGCAGCUGAAUCUUCCCACUCAGAUGAAGCUCCUGAACCACCUGCUGAUCCUGAAUCCACCAUCCCAGACUCUCCCAAACCACCUGCUGAUCCUGAAUCCACCAUCCUGGACUCUCCUGAUCCACCUGCUGAUCCUGAAUCCACCAUCCCAGACUCUCCAGAUCCACCUGCUGAUCCUGAAUCUACCAUCCUGGACUCUUCUGAUCCUGAAUCCACCAUCAUAGACUCUCCUGAUCCACCUGCUGAUCCUGAAUCCACCAUCCCAGACUCUCCAGAUCCACCUGCUGAUCUUGAAUCUACCAUCCCGGACUCUCCUGAUCCUGAAUCCACCAUCAUAGACUCUCCUGAUCCACCUGCUGAUCCUGAAUCCACCAUCCCAGACUCUCCCGAUCCACCUGCUGAUCCUGAAUCCAUCAUCCCGGACUCUCCUGAUUCGCCUCCUCAGAUCUCGUCCACAGAUGAACCUGAACCUGCAAAGAUUGAAAAUCCUCCUCCGUCUGACCUCCCAACCUCAGAUCAAACAUCAGAGGAGCCUCCAUCCAUUCAGGCUCCUCCUCCAUCACCUCCACCUGCGACAGAAAGCGAACUAAAAAUCAGCCUCAGGUCUCUAAGCGAGGCGAUUGGCUGCAGCUCUACAGAGGAGUCGGUUAAUCAGACGAAGCCGCGGCAGACGACCGAUAGAGCCGUUUACCUGAGAGGACAAAUUAAAGACAACUGGGAGAUGGAGAGGCUGAAGGAGGCAGGAGAGAAAGAGGGAAAUGAGAUAACCAAAGAGGAGAAGGAGGAGGUGAUGGAGGACGGAGGAGGUGCACAAGUCAAUGAAGACUGCAGUUCCACUGGACCGCCAGCAGAGAGCGCCACCACCUCAACCACAGAGUGUGAAGAGACGCUAAAUGAGGAGGAGACCAGCGGUGAGGUCAAGUUAGAGACAAGAAAAGAAGAUGAGGAAAAAGGAGAUCAGGAAGAAAAGGUGAAGGAGGACGUCCUUCAGAGCCGUCAGCCAAUAGAAUCACAGCCAGAGAAAGCUGCUGAGCUGCCAUUGGACAGUGUGGCUGCCAUCAGAGAACUUGUUUUUGAGGUCAUAGAGGUGGAGACGAUAGUUACGCCCUGUCCAGCAGCAACAGAACAGGACACGAGUGGUACCAUGACAACUCCAGACCAUGACUGAUGAAGCCUCAAAAAAAACCCUUUAAAGUUCUUAUUAAAUGGUUGGAGAACAGGAAUCCAGACUGAGAGCUGUACUAAUGUCUUUUUUAAUAAGGUAAAAUUUUAUUUUAUUUUUAUUUUUUUAAAUUCUGCAGUAUUUUUUCUACAAAAAGCCUUUUUUUUUAUAUGAGCUGUUUUCAUACACUGGUUAUGUCAACACUGAAAUGGAAUAAAUGAUCCAAUAAAGAUAUUAAGAUGUUG